AUGGACAAUAACAGAGUUGCACCAGAGAUUCCUGGUCUAAGACAACCCGGACAAAUUACUAAUGAUAUUCGAAUGUUGAUGUGUAAGCUACUCAAUUCAGCGAAACCCGCUAAUACCUUUCCGGGCUCUCAACCUGUUUCUUUCCAUCUGGCUGAUAUUGAGGAGAAGUUACUUGCGCAAGACUAUUACGUAUGUGAAAAGACAGAUGGAUUGCGUGCGUUAAUGUUGAUAAUGGUGAAUCCAGUUACAAAAGAGCAAGGGUGUUUUAUGAUUGACCGUGAAAACAACUACUAUAUGGUCAAUGGAUUUAGAUUUCCAUGUUUGCCCCGUGCCAAUAAAAAAGAACUCCUAGAGACUUUGCAGGACGGUACGUUAAUUGAUGGUGAACUUGUCAUGCAAACUAAUCCAGUGACCAAGUUGAAGGAACUGAGGUACUUGAUGUUCGACUGCCUUGCGGUAAAUGGUCGUUCGUUAGUUCAAUCGCCUACAAGUUCCCGUUUGGCUCAUCUUGGCAAAGAGUUUUUCAAACCUUAUUACGAUUUAAGAUCGUAUUUUCCAGAUAGAUGUUCCACUUUCCCAUUCAAAAUUUCAAUGAAACAUAUGAAUUUCAGUUAUGAUUUGGCAAAAGUUGCAAAGACCUUGGAUUCACUUCCACACGUAUCUGAUGGUCUAAUUUUCACUCCAGUACAAGCGGCAUAUCAUAUUGGUGGUAAAGAUAGCUACCUUUUGAAAUGGAAACCAGAAGUAGAAAAUACUGUGGAUUUCAAACUGAUCAUUGAACCUCCUGUAGUAGAAGACAAAUCUUUACCUAAAAGCGAUAAAAACAGGUUUUACUACAAUUACGAUGUUAAGCCACUUUUCCAUUUGUACGUUUGGCAAGGUGGUAAUGACGUGAACAAUAGAAUACAGGACUUCGAACAACCCUUUACUAAGAGUGAUUUGGAGCUUUUGGAGAGAACCUAUAGAAAAUUUGCAGAAAUAGAAAUCGACGACAAACAAUGGAAUGAGCUCAAGGCCAUGGAGGAGCCAUUGAACGGAAGAAUUGUAGAAUGUUCCAAAGAUCAGGAAUCAGGUGCAUGGAAACUACUUAGGUUCAGAGACGAUAAACUCAAUGGUAAUCACGUAUCAGUCGUUCAAAAAGUCUUGGAAAGUAUCGGUGAUUCUGUUUCAUUGGAUGAUCUAGAACAAGUGGUAGAUGAAAUGAGAUCUCGCUGGAAAGAACGUGAACAAGGACUGAAAAAUGCACAAAAACAAUUCAACCAUCAGGCUUCUGCGAGAUCGUCGCUGUCGCAGCAACAUUCAACCGAACCAGAGCAGUCGCAAGAUCAACCAAAAUAUGUAGACGAUGACGAUGAUAAUUGGUCUGAUGACGAGCCAGACACAAAAAGACAGAAGAUUUAA